AUGAGCAUCUUAUUCGGAUACGAUUACUUUGAUACAGCAGCAGAAGAACUAGAUACCCUAAAACAGAAAUUAGCAGCAGUUGAAAAGGGACAGCAGGGAAACACGGCAGAGGUUGUCAAAAAUGCGGACGAGAUUGUUAAAUUGAAUAGUCUCGGGGAAAAUUAUGUGCAGUACGAUUUUAUACAAACACCUGGGUAUCCACCCGGAUUUCUUCAAACUUCUAAUAUUUCCGAUGCGGACAAAGGGAACGCAAAAUUCAUUAG